AUGAUAUAAUAAAAUAGAGUCCCUCAAAAAAAGUUUAGUUUAAAUCUACAUAAUUCUGCAAUAGAUUAUAUUGAUAGAAUACUAUCAGAAGUGUCAGGUAUAUGUAUCAAUUGAUAAAAGGAAUGAAAUGCCUCAUUUUGGAUUAGGAAACCAUUGGUAUAAUUUCACUUAUAUACUCUCAAUCAUAAAUAUUGAAGAAAGAUGUCUAUUUAAUGGAAAAGAUUGAUGCUGCUGCUUCUACUAAAUAAAAGCUUUAGCAUAUGAAGGUUAUUUUUUUGAUUCGACCAACUUAAGUAUAGAAUGCAUUUUAAAUCUUUAGGAAAAUUAAACAUUGCUAUUAUAAGAGAUUAAAGAUAAGAGAUUUUGUGAAUAUUAUAUCUUCUUUACAAAUACUUUAAGCAAUUUUUAUAUUGAAUAAUUGGCAGAAGCUGAUGAUUCUGAUCUAAUCAAACAAUUAUAAGAAAUUUAUUUAGAUUAUUAUAUAGUUUAACCUGAUACUUUUACAUUAAAUAUACCAUCUACUAUUUAAUUAACUAAAAGUGUUUCAUAAUGGAAUUCAAAAGAUGAACAAUUAUUUUAAAGAGUACUUGAGGGAUUAAGUGCUACAAUUUAUAGUCUUAGAAGAAUUCCAAUGAUUAGAUAUUAAGGAUCAAGUGAAAUUUGUGCAAAAUUAGCUUAGAAAUUAAGUUAAACAAUGAGAGAAGAAUAUGAAUAAUCUUAAUCUUAAUUUAUGCUUUCAAAUUGUUUACUCUUAAUUUUAGAUAGAAGAGAAGAUCCAGCAACUUUAUUAUUGAAUUAAUGGACAUAUUAAGCUAUGUUACAUGAAUUAAUAGGAAUAUAAAAUAAUAGAAUAGAUAUUCGUUAAGGUUAAAAAGCAUUAAAUUAAGCUGCAGUAUAAUAUUUAUAAUUAUAAUUAGAGUAUUAAUAAAACUGAUUCAGAUAGUGAAUUUGUUAUAGCAUCAAGUUUAGAUGACUUUUUUGCUGACAAUUAAUAUUCAAAUUUUGGAGAAUUAGCAUAAAAUAUAAAAGAUUUUAUUGAUAAAGUUACAAAUUAAAAGAAAGAAACAGUUUAAAUAAAUUCAUUAGAAGAUAUGUAAAAAGCUGUUGAUAGGAUUCCAGAAAUAAGAAAAAUGAGUGGUAAUUUAUCUAAACAUGUUGCUUUGAGUUGUGAAUUGUCAAAAUUAGUAGAAGAAAGAUAAUUAUUAAAAGUAUCUAAAGUUGAAUAAGAUAUUGUUUGUAAUGAAGCAAAAUCUGAACAUUAAAGAGCUGUAUUUUAGAUGCUUGAAGAUAGAACUAUUUAAACAUAUGAAAAAUUAAAAUUAGUUAUGUUAUAUGCUUUGAGAUAUGAAAAUUGUGAUAAAAUUUCAAGAAUGAAGGAUGUUUUGAGAGAUUUGGGUGUUAAAAACAACAGUUUAAAUUUAAUAAAUCAUUUAUUAGAUUAUUCUGGUAAAGCUAGAAGAUAAGGUGAUUUAUUUAGUGAUAAGAAUAUAUUUUCAAAAGCAUAAUAAAAAUUAAAAUCAGUUUUUAAAGAUGUUCCUAAUAUCUAUACUUAACAUCAACCAUAUUUUCUUACUAUAUUAGACUAAAUUCUUACAAAUAAAAUUAAAGAUAAUGAAUUUCCAGCAACAAAUUUAAAUUACUUUAGAGAUAGACCUACUGAGAUUAUUAUAUUUUAUGUUGGUGGAACAUCUUUUGAAGAAGUCAAAGAAAUUGGGUUGUUGAAUAAAUAGCGUAUAUUAUAUAGAAUAAUAUCUUAGCCAAUUCACCAAACAUUUUAUUAGGAGGUACAUACAUUCACAAUUCAAGAACAUUUCUUGCUGAAAUUUGUUAAUUAGCAUAUGAGAAUAGUAUAGACAUAGUUGUAGAUAAGUCUAAUCCUAGAAAUGAUGCUAAAUUUCAUAAAUUUUGA